CCCCCGGUUUGAAGCUAGUAAACAGAGUUAGAUCUCACAGCCGCUUGAUGACCGCAUCCGAAGCACGCGGUUUCCACGUGACCACCACGAGGAAGGAGAUCGUUGCACCGGCCUCUGCUCCUCUUCUUCCCUUGCCGGAAAACAGGAUCAUCAGUCUCUCUAAUCUCGACCUUCUUCUCCCUCCUGUCGACAUAAACGUUUGCUUCUUCUACAAGAAACCACUUUAUAACACUACAAAUGAUGUCCUCAAGACUUCACUGGCGGAGGCCCUCGUCUCUUACUACGUCCUUGCCGGCGAGGUCGUGGCCAAUCCCAUCACCGGAGAGCCAGAGAUUUUCUGCAGCGGCGCCGGCGUUGAAGUGGUAGAAGCCGCUGCUGACGUGGAGCCCCGAGAGCUUAACCUGCAUGAUCCAUAUCAAAGUAUUGCCAAGUUUGUUCCAAUUAAAACGCAUGGAGUCUUUGCUAUUCAGGUUACUGAACUGAAAUGUGGGAGCCUAGUUGUCGGAUGCACCUUUGAUCACCGUAUAGCUGAUGCAUAUUCAAUGAACAUGUUCCUCCUGUCAUGGGCCGAGAUCUCUCGCUCCGAUGCACCAACCUCUUAUGUACAUCCGUUCAAGAGGUCUCUCCUGAACCCACGACGACCCUUGGUCAUCGACUCAUCACUAGACCAAAUGUACAUGCCUGUAACGUCGUUGCCCCCUCCACAAGAAAUCACUAACCCAGACAAUAUCCUCACAAGCCAUAUCUAUUACAUCAAAGCAGAUGUCGUACAACAGCUCCAAACUCUGGCUGGUAACCGUAAUAGGACGAAACUCGAGUCUUUCUGCGCGUUCUUGUGGAAACUCGUGGCUAAACACGCUGCAACAACAGAUUCAAAACUCUUGAACUCUAAACUUGGCAUAGUUGUUGACGGAAGGAAGAAACUUAUGGAUCAAGAAACCAACACUUACUUUGGUAACGUCCUCUCUGUCCCAUAUGGCGAGCAAAGUAUCGAUGACUUGAACCACAAGCCAUUGUCUUGGGUGGCCGACGAAGUUCACAAGGUGUUGGAGAGUUCAGUGACCAAAGACCACUUCUUGAAUUUGAUUGAUUGGAUCGAGACUCGCCGUCCGGUCCCGGUUUUAUCAAGAAUCUACGGUGCAGGAUACGAUGAUGGACCUGCUUUCGUGGUUUCCUCGGGGAAGAGUUUUCCGGUGAAACGGAUUGAUUUCGGGUGGGGCUCGCCGGUUUUUGGAUCGUACCAUCUCCCACGAGGAAGCAGAACUGGAUACGUGAUGACAAUGCCAAGUCCGGUGGUGGAUAACAGCGCGGGAGAUUGGAUAGUUUACUUACAUCUUGCGAAAGGACAGUUGAAGUUUAUCGAGCAAGAGGCUCCUCAUGUGUUUAAGCCAAUAGACAAUGAUUAUCUCAAGAUUUGAAGCCAAACAUAAUAUUAUUUUAUAUACCUAUCAUUCUUAAGCUCGUUUUUUUCUCAAGUUAUAAUAUAAACCUUUAC